AUGAACGACAUUUGCUAUACCAAGGUCAUGGAGCAGGUCGGGCAACACCGAAACCAAAUGCUUAUCUUCGUCCAUUCUCGAAAGGAGACUGCCAAGACUGCCAAGUAUAUCAGAGACAAGGCUCUUGAGAAUGAGACCAUUGGACAGAUUCUGCGCAGUGAUGCUGCUAGUCGUGCCAUUCUCUCCGAAGAAGCAGACUCCGUGGAUGAUGCUAGCCUGAAGGAUCUCAUGCCGUACGGUCUGGGUAUUCACCAUGCUGGUCUGAGUCUUGCCGAUCGUGAUUCAGUCCAAGCACUUUUCGCCGAUGGAAGCAUCCAGGUCCUCGUUUGUACAGCGACAUUGGCCUGGGGUGUCAACCUUCCCGCCCAUACCGUCAUCAUCAAGGGAACCCAGGUCUACUCUCCCGAGAAGGGUGCCUGGGUCGAGUUGAGCCCGCAAGAUGUUCUGCAAAUGUUGGGACGAGCUGGUCGACCCCAAUAUGAUACAUUCGGUGAGGGUAUCAUUAUCACGUCGCAGGCUGAGAUCCAAUACUAUCUCUCGCUCUUGAACCAACAGCUUCCAAUUGAGUCGCAGCUGAUGAGCAAAUUGGUGGACAACCUGAAUGCUGAGAUUGUACUUGGCAAUGUUCGUACCCGCGAUGAAGGUGUGGAUUGGUUAGGCUACACUUACCUUUACGUUCGGAUGCUCCGAUCACCUGGCCUGUACAGUGUUGGCGCCGAUUAUCAGGACGAUGAUGCCCUGGAGCAAAAACGAGUCGAUCUUAUUCACUCCGCUGCUGCGGUCCUUGAGAAGGCCGGUCUCGUCAAGUAUGAAAAGAAGACUGGACGUCUGCAGUCGACUGAGCUUGGACGUAUCUCUUCGCACUACUACAUCGGUCACAACUCAAUGCUCACCUACUCCCAACACCUCCAACCUUCCAUUACUACCAUUGAAUUGUUCCGAAUCUUUGCCCUGAGUGACGAGUUCAAGUACAUCCCGGUCCGCCAGGAUGAGAAGCUUGAGCUUGGAAAACUGCUAGGCCGUGUGCCCGUCCCUGUCAAGGAAACCAUUGAUGAGCCCCAUGCCAAGAUCAAUGUUCUUUUGCAGGCUUAUAUCUCCAGACUCAAGCUUGAGGGUCUUGCGCUGAUGGCAGACAUGGUCUAUGUCACUCAAUCUGCUGGACGUAUCAUCCGCGCGAUUUUCGAGAUUUGCCUGAAGAAAGGCUGGGCCUCAGUGGCCAAGACUGCGCUUGAUCUCUGCAAAAUGGCCGAGAAGCGCAUGUGGCCAACGAUGUCACCCCUUCGUCAAUUCCCCCACUGCCCACGAGAUGUUUUGCAGAAGGCGGAGCGCAUUGACGUGCCUUGGGGCAGUUAUUUCGAUUUGGAUCCCCCCCGCAUGGGUGAGCUUCUGAGCAUGCCCAAGGCCGGACGUGUGGUGUGCGACUUGGUGUCCAAGUUCCCUCGACUCGAUGUUCAAGCUCAGGUGCAGCCCAUCACCCGAUCCAUGCUGCGUGUAGAGUUGACCAUUUCCCCCAACUUUGUCUGGGACGACGAAAUACAUGGCAAUGCUCAAGAUUUCUGGAUUUUGGUUGAGGACUGCGACGGAGAGGAGAUCUUAUUCCACGAUCGAUUCUUGCUUCGAGGUGAAUUUGCCAAGUCCGAGAUGAAUGAGCAUCUCGUCGAAUUCACCGUUCCCGUCACUGAGCCAAUGCCUCCCAACUACUUCAUCUCGCUUGUCGCGCACCAGUGA